CUUCCGGAUUUUUGUGACGCACGUAGUCAUGCAGCCGCAAGAGAUUGUGGGACAGGUGGGGAUGUUUUCAUCAUGGCGGCUUCCAUUUCGGGUUAUACUUUCAGUUCUGUCUGUUACCACAGCGCAAACAGCAACUCCGACCACGAAGGCUUUCUGUUGGGAGAAGUGAGGCAAGAGGAGACUUUUAGCAUCAAUGAUUCACAGAUCAGCAACACAGAAUUUGUUCAAGUAGUAGAAAUCCAGAACCAUGAGCCUUGUACACAUCUUUUUAGCUUUUAUGACUAUGCGGGUAAAAUUAAUGAAGAGAGUCUCAACAGAAUCCUCAGAGAAAGAAGAAAAAACGUGAUUGGCUGGUACCGCUUCCGGCGGAACACCCAGCAGCAGAUGUCCUUCAGGGAGCUGGUGAUCCACAAGCAGCUGAGCCAGAUCCUGGGUGUGCCCGACCUCGUCUUCCUCCUCUUCAGCUUCAUCUCCACCGCCAACAGCUCCACGCACGCGCUGGAGUACGUGCUCUUCAGGCCAAACGGAAGCAGGUAUAACCAGAGAAUCCCUCUCAGCAUCCCUAACCUGGGAAACACCAGCCAACAAGAGUACAAGGUGUCUUCUGUGCCAAACACGUCCAGGAACUACGCCAAGGUCAUCAAGGAACAUGGGGCAGAGUUCUUUGACAAAGAUGGGGUGAUGAAGGAUAUCAGAACAAUCUUCCAGGUAUACAGCGCAUUACAAGACAAAGUUCAGGCUGUGUGUGGGGAGGUGGAACAGAGCGAACGUGUGAAAGAGAAAGUCCAAGAAGAAGUGAAUAAACUCAAACAGCAAAUAGCUCUCAGGAAACGAAAGACUGCGGAGGAAGAGAGAAGACUCCAAGAGGCCGCGGCAGCGCCGGAGAGACCGGUUCCGGUGGACGACUCCAACCCCUCGCUCCCGUCCCGGAUGGCCUUACCCCGAGAGCGGCCCGGCCCGGAGAGGCCCGAUACCUCAGACGCCCCGCCCACAUACGCUGACGUGGUCCCGGGGGCCUCCCCCGCGGAGCUCCGCCCAGAGACCCACCCGGUCUACCUGCCCCGCCCCCAGGCGGUGGGCUCCCCGGGCCACGCCUCGCCCUCGGCCGCCGGCGUCAGCGAGUACCUGGGCAACGGGGACGGGUCCAGCAGCGACUCCCUGGACAGGCACGCCGCGGGACGGGAGGACGGGGACGAAGAUGAGGACGAGGAGGAGGAGGAGGAGGAGGAGGAGGAGGAAGAGGACAGCAGUGAGUAUGAGAACCUGCCGAACGAACCCUCGGAGCGGCCCCCUGUGGAGGUCCCGUCGGGGCCGCUGAGUCGCCCCGCCGCCCUGAGGCCGGACGGCCACGCCCGCAGCUCACAGACCUCUUAGAUCUCAGCGUAGCGGUGCGGAGGGCACGCGGUCACAGGCCGAACCGGCUAAGGGGAACACCCGUACAAAUCAAGGAAGAGGGGCACGCUUUCGGAAGAGGCGGUUCAGUGCUCGAAACUAAAAGGCAUGCGCAGAUGGUUCUGCUGUUGGGUUUUUUGGUUUUUUUCGUUUCUGUUGUUUUUAUACAGUCUGGAUUCGGCUUCACUGGAAAGGCCCAGCACUGAAGGCUGACCCUUGCAGCCUGGCAACCAGGCCAUCAAGCAUUUGUUGUCAUGGUGAAUGAAGAGAGGUUUUUUUCUUUCUUUCUUUGUGAAGAAACAUGAUAUAGAGCAGAGUGAACUUGCUGUCGGUGCCACAUUAUCGAUUUGAUCGCACAAGCGAAACACUUGGGACAGCCUGGCCCUGCCUCUUAUGGAUUAGUUUGUGUGUGACAUCUGCUACCAAUUUAGAUCAUUCAAUUGCACCAUUACCUCUUGCACUAAUUUUCCUUGUUUUGACAUUUAUUUCAAGAGAAAAGGGAAAAUUUGUCUGCGGCCUUCAAUGUUUUCUUUCAAUGAGCCAAAUUAAUGGUUAUUAAGUGAUAUCAGUUUUUUUUGUUCAAGCUUAAUCAUUACAAAGAAAAGAGAUAUAUAUUACGAUUGCUUUAGCUUGCACGUUUCUCUUUGACACUUGACUAAGGACUGUCAUUCGCAGUUUUUCCUUUAACAAUCGAUUAGUCUUAUAAUCAUGUGGUUGCCUAUCUAACAGAGGAAGUAAAAUUCCACUUCGUUACAAAUAGAAGUGCUUAUAUUUUAUUUUCAUGAUGGUGAAAUAUCAUGCCAAUCAAUGUUAUAACAACAUGUCAUCUAUUCACUCUUACGUAACUGACAUUUGUCUGUUCUUUGCUCAACGUAACUUUGCUGAAUUCUUUUUUGUGCUUUACUGGUACGUUUUAAUUGUGCCACAGAAGUAGAAUGCUUUUAACUUUUGGAGCGGCCGACUCAAACUUAAUGUAUAGUUUGGAAUUUGAGGAACAAACUCUAUGUAGCCGACUAACAAGAAUCAAUAGAUUACAGUCUGUUGUCAUUGAAGAUUAGCGCUAAACAAGGAACUUGCAUAUCUCCUUUUACUGCUCCUCCUACUAGUCCUACUUACUACUGUUAAAUGCUACAACUACUACUGAUGUGGAUAUUAGCUCCUGUAGAUUUAAGAGUUUCUGCUCUGUAAGUGCAGUGCAGAGGAAAGCUCUUCUGCAGUUCUCCUUCUGAAUCAACAAACGGCAUUCUCUUAAUAAUGAAUAGACCUCAUAGGCUUAAGAGAGUCAGUUCUCCUAAAGAAACGGCAGGAUAACGGUGACCUUUUCACAGCUACGGUGCCUUCCAGUACGGCAGUGGUAUCGCCCGAGUUCCUGACACAGGAAGUCAGGUACCGGAAAGACUGAUCUAUAAGAGGUGUGCAACACCAGACGACAGCACUGAAUGGUAAAUGCCAAAGGCUGGCGGCCGCCUGGAGACCGGAGCAAAGGCUCCUGGGAGACUGAGUGUGUUGUUUAACUGACUGUAGGCCACGGGUGUGCACUGAAAAACCACAAAACUGCUGUGCCAGCUACUGUCGUCCUGAAACUAAGGUGGUCAGGUGAAGACAGGCCAAAGCUUUUCUUCAUCUUUAAUGCAUGAGGUUUCUCACAUUAACCGGGGGUGGGGUGGGAUGGGGGGGUGUCAUGACCCUAAACCAUUUGGGUACAGGUACUGAGUUGAUGAGGGUGAUAAAAAAUCUCAUUAAAAGUUAAAAGCGAGUGCUUUUUUUUAACCUCAGAGUCUCGCAACAGAACAAAAAGUAAAGAAUGUAAAACUUCCACUCACUUGUCCAUUAGCUGUGGAGCUGCAUUAGCCGGUACUUAUUUAUUUCACGUUUGGUUUUUGUUCAGAAUCACAGUGGCUGACGGUAGCGCUGAAGUGCAAUAUCCCUCUGUACAGCACCGCAACUCGGUGUGAUUGGACCCCAGGGAGCCGGCUGUAUUCCCAAGCACAAAGCCGCAUCACCAUUUAUCUCACUGUUUACUCAUUAUAUCUGUAACAAGGCUGAAGGGGGUUUGGUGCUGGCUGCGAGAGAAAUAAAAAUGAAACAACUGGAACAUGUAUUUCCAGAUCUCUUUCCACUUCAGUCUUAACCUGGAUUGUAUCGGGGUAAUAAAGUAAAUAUGGUUGUUUGGUUUCA